UGCGGUGAAUUGUUAAGUCCUUUUGGCCAGGGGCUGUAGUAAUGAAUAUGCGUCUCUAUACGUUGCAUAAACUCUACAUUAAUGACAGUGUUAGAGACUGAUGCUGAUGCUGCCUGCACACAAACCUACACACACUGACUGACUGACAAUAGAAUUAGCAGUGUUGUUGUUGUUGUUGUCUACAGUUUUUAGUGUAAAUGGUUAGAUGAGCAGUCUGACGUAAACACGAUGUGCACGCAACGUGAUUUACACAGUAUGGACACCGGAAUCUAUGUCAUCACAUUAAAGGCAAUUCCUAAAGUGUAUGAAGUGCGGGGACACCGACGACCACUGCUACUACAUCACUACCUCAUAUUGUUAUUAUAAGUAUUUCAUAUUGUUAUUAUAAGUAUUUCAUAUUUAGUUUAAACAUAUUUUAUUCAAUUUAACUUGAAAGGGAUUGGUAAACAGACCUAACUGGCUUAUGUAACUGCCCACCCUGUUACAUAAUUACAUUUAAUUUGACAUGUAACUCAUGUUACCAAUACUACUGGCAUAUGCGUAUAAGCUAAACAUAUAGUUAUACUCAAUGUACAAACCUACCACUAUUUUCUAUAAAAUCAUGGACAGACAUACGUAUUGUGUAGUUUGCAUCUCUUGUUACCACACAAUGCUGUAUUCAGAUCAAUACCCCGUUAUGUGGUAGGACAUCGUGCUUCUAAUGGCAUGACAAGUAGGACAAGAAAAGGAAGCGAAGUGGAGACUCCAAAUAAAACCCACACUGAGAUGCUGCAAUAUUUGAAAUAUGUCUUUCAAAUCUAUGAGUAUUGAGAUCACUGCAAUUUGACAAUAUCGAGUACAGUAAUUUAAGUGAAAGUAUAUACAAUUUUCAGAAUUAUUCAGUAUUGUUUUUAAAACCCGCGUACAUGUAAGAAUAUUUAGCAUCAUCAGGUACCAGAUUCCCAAGACGGGUCGUAGCUGGUCGAAAUGACUGACAGCAAAACUUAGUCUUACAAACCAUUUCUUGUAACUGCAUACCAUUGCUUUAUAAGUAAUGCCUAUCAAUAUCUGUCUGACGCUGAACGAGAUUACACAGAUAUUCUGGAGCAAUAUUAUGUAUCAGUUUAUAAUAUAAACAGAUUUUUUACUUUUCUAUUCUUUUUGGGAGGGUGUAGACCAGUUUUGUUUUAAAAUUUGCUAUAGCUCUGACCACCCGUUGCACCACAUAUUGUUCUCCAGGCAUCAAGAUGAAGCUACCCUCAGAGUAAGUCCUGCUGUGAUGUGCAGUGAUUCCAACAUAUUGGAGUUGUAGUCUAAUACUGGCAAAAGAAGAGAUAAAUACAUGGUAUAAAGCGGUAUUCAGAACUCCUCAAGCAAUGUAUCAUCGGCUAGCUUUCUUAACAAUAUUACUGAUAUGUUCACGUCAGGGGGCGCCUCCCUCCAAUGCGACUCCUUCAUGCUUAUGAGAUCCUAGCUCAUGAAUAAUCCCCCUUUCAAGGAUACACGCGUCUCUAUGACAAGGUAGACGCUUGCGUUAAAACUGAAUAGUCUGUCUUCUCUGGAUUAACUUGCCAUUUAUCAGUCCAUUAUACGAUUCUGUGGAGAUCACCAUAAAGUAUGCUGCUUGUAGUCAGGGGAUCUUCGAAUACUACACAGCGACGUGUCAUCAGCAAUCAGUCGUGUAUUAUCAACAAUGUCAUUUAUAUAAAUAAAACAAAUACAAGGGACCCAAAACAGAUCCCUGAGGUACACCGGCUGCUAAAUGUUUUACGUUGGAUUCCUGACCAUUAAUUACUCCUCUCUGUGAUCGAUUGGACAAGUAGUUUUUUAACCAUUUCAAUAAAAUUCAAUUGAUGCCCACUGCUUUAAAUUUUGAUGAUAAUCCCUUGAGCCAUACCUUAUCUAAUUCCUUACUUACCUCACAGAACACUGACCUUACUUCCGUACCAUUACCUAAAGCAGUAACUAUCUCAUUGUAUAAGUACGUGAGUUGACAUUACAUGGAAUCUCCAGCUAUUAAACCUGACUGUAAUAUUGACAAAAUAUCAUUAUCUCUAAGUAAAUAAAAUGUCUUGGCUGAACAUGACGUGAAAGUAAAUGGCCUGUAGUUGGUACAAUUAUUAAUAACAGCGUCUUAGUAUCCUUGCUCAGAAACUGUUUGAUCCUGGUAUUACAGCUUUCAAUGCAUCAUUAAAGCUUUCAGGCAGUUUUCUGUAAGUCUCGUGGAGGACAGUUCCAAAUUUGACACGUCAGUGACAAACAAUAUGCCCGGUGCAAUUUCCCAUUUUGACUUGACUUUACAUGUUUUUGUGAAGGGUACCGAUGAGGCAGCAUACUCCCAUCUUUUCGCGAACACUUGGAAUCAUAAUAAUUUGAUGGUGAUGCUUACAGUAUCGAGUCGGAAUCGUCCUUGGUAUGGAAAUGUUUUGGUUGCUUUUAUUGUAAAGUGUUGAGCUCCUCUCGUGACCUACAACGUUGCUCCAAUCAUAGCAAUAUCCAUUUAAUCAGGCCACUCGUCGAAAUAACAUGUUGAUUGAUAAAAAAUGACAGAAUUUACAUUUCUUCUACAUUGUCUUCCUUUUAUGUUUAAUAUUUCAGACCACUGACCAGGUCAUUGGUGUGUUGCCAUGGCAACCACUGUACACAGUCCCCAGUGGUGGAAGUGGGUGGUGAUGGUGUCGUCCUUCUUCGCCCUGCUGCUGGGGGGCACGGUGUCGUAUUGCGCCGGCGUCGUGCACGUCGCGCUGCUGGAACACUACAACGAGGACGUGACCGUCACGGCGUGGCUGGGGUCCCUCUUCGCCAGCAUGUUCGCUCUAACAGGGCCCGUGGCCAGUUUGGCGAUCAACAUGUUCAGCUGUCGAACAUGUGUGAUCUUGGGAGGCGUCUUCGAGCUGGUCGGGUUCGCCUGUAGUGCGUUCAUCACAGACAUGCGAUGGCUCUUCCUGACUUACGCCAUCCUUGUGGGUUUAGGUGAGGGUUUGGUCUACACCGGCUCCAUCGUCAUUCUGGGCUUCUACUUCCGAGAUCAGGUGAGUUUAGUAACUGGCGUUGGAAUGGCGGGGGUUGGAAUGGGCACCUUCUUCCUGCCACCCCUGACUCAGUAUCUGGUGGACAUUUAUGGACUUGAAGGAUGCUUCCUCUUCUUGGGAGCAAUAGCGUUCCAUGCAGCAGUGUUCGGGGCCCUGAUGAGACCCUCUGACCUUGAGACGGCGUUAGCAGUCAGUGCCAAGUCGGGGAAAACCCUCUGUCAACAAAUCCUUACUUCUUUGUGCGGACAAUGUGGCCGUUUUGGGGAGAUGUUCCAUCCAGCGUUUCUCCUGCUGCUGUUGGCAACGUUUUCCUUCAGUGUGGGCAACUUCAUCUCCUACCUCUUCCUCCCCGACAUCUUCAUCAAACAAGGCUCGUCUCCUCAACAAGCUUCCUUCCUCAUCUCCGUCGUUGGAAUAGGGGGAGCCCUGUCCAGACUCCUUGGGGGGUUCGCUGCCAACGAUCCAAAUAUAGGACCUUCUGUUCUAUUCUCAGGAACAUAUGGUGUCAUCGCUACCAUAGACUUUUUUAUAACGCCAAUGACGAAGACAAUAGUUGGAAAAGUAGCGUAUGCUUUUAUGUUCGGCUUGUAUGCCUCAGUUGGCUGGGUGCUGGUCAACCCCCUCACUCUGCACAUUGUGGGGGUCAGGAACCUCGCCUCUGCCUACGGGAUUGUGAUGUUAGCCUCAGGAAUAGGUAUCUUGGUUGGGCCUCCAGUAGCAAGUAUCAUCGCUGCAGAACACGGGACAUAUCAAGAAGCCUUUUACUUUGCUGGUUCAACGUUUUUUGUGUCGUCCAUGUGUGGCCUGAUGAUUAUGCUGCUGAAGAAGACGCACUCGGACCUGGCGGAGGAGAAGUCCGACAUCCCAGAGUUACAGAGUCUGACAGACGGGAAGGACCACGCCCAUCAGGCUGACGGAAUCACUCUCGUCAUCCAGCCUCCCAGCACAGGCCACGCCCCCAUUCCUAGUGCACCUUUCCGAGAUGACAUGUGGAAUGAGCAUAAAUGCAUUGAGUGAGUGAGUGAGAUGGGUUCAACGCCGCUUUGAACAUUAUUUCAGUUAUAUCAAGGCGUGCCAGCUGGAGACGGGAGGAAACGACUAAACGUUUACCACUUUAAUGAUACCCAUGUGCUAUCAAACCUAGAAACAUAGUCAUGGAGAAUAUAAGAUUUGAACACAAGAUCCAAGCUUUCUGAUGACAAAUGGGACGCAACUCUCCAUGUCGCCUUAGAAGACAGGAACACCUGUGUCCCCGGGUGUAUCGAAGUCGGAUGUCCCGAAGGGACUAAUACAACGAAGUCAAUUUGAUCCUCUUGUGUGGAUGAAGACCUUUAGCGAUGCUCAUCAUCAACACAUAUGAUCCCCAUCUAAGUUGGAUGUAACUUAGGGUCGAUUGUACUCAAGCCAGUGUGUAUUCUCUACAAGUGCCACCGUGUAUGCCAUGCGCUACAAACAUAUCAAGUAUAACUCUGGGUAGACUUGUUUAAAUUCACUGAAGGUGGUAGGGUAGCCCAGUGGUUAUAGGUUCGCUCGUCACCCAGAGAACCCGGAUUGAUUCUCGAAAUGGGUACAAUGUGUGAACCCCUUUUAAAGUGUCCCCGCCAUGAUAUUGCUGGAAAAUUGCUAAAAUUGCCUUAAAAUCAUACUCACUCACUCCUUAAUAUUCAUCGGCGAUUGUGAUGAACAUCAUCAUCAUUUUAUUUCUAUACAUAUAGGCUACAGGGCUUUGUGUACAAAAUUUGAGAACAGACAAGUUUUAAACAUUCAGUUUAUGGAUGUAACUCGGUCGAUUGUACUGAAGCCAGUGUGUGCUCUCUACAAGUGUCACAGAGUUUGCCAUGCGCUACACACAUAUCAAGUUGUUAUGGUCGACUCAGAGUGGAUUGUACUGAAGCCAGUGUGUGUUCUCUACAAGUGUCACAGUGUUUGCCGUGCGCUACACACAUAUCAAGUUGUUAUGGUCGACUCAGGGUCGACUGUACUGAAGCCAGUGUGUGUUCUCUACAAGUGUCACAGUGUUUGCCAUGCGCUACACACAUAUCAAGUUGUUAUGGUCGACUCAGGGUCGACUGUACUGAAGCCAGUGUGUGCUCUCUACAAGUGUCACAGUGUUUGCCGUGCGCUACAAACAUAUCAAGUUGUUAUGGUCGACUCAGGGUCGACUGUACUGAAGCCAGUGUGUGUUCUCUACAAGUGUCACAGUGUUUGCCGUGCGCUACAAACAUAUCAAGUUGUUAUGGUCGACUCAUGGUCGAUUGUACUGAAGCCAGUGUGUGUUCUCUACAAGUGUCACAGUGUUUGCCGUGCGCUACAAACAUAUCAAGUUGUUAUGGUCGACUCAGGGUCGACUGUAGUGAAGCCAGUGUGUGUUCUCUACAAGUGUCACAGAGUUUGCCGUGCGCUACAAAUAUAUCAAGUUGUUAUGGUCGACUCAUGGUCGACUAUAUCAAAAUCAGUAAUAUUCAUCAGCGGUUGUGAUGGACAAAACGUUCGAUAUGAAGAGACAUAUCGAAGUUUGGUGCCCUGAAAUCAGUAACAAACAGGUAAUAAUCCUUUACAUAUUAACAUCAACCAGUUUCCAAACCAGAUGUGAUUAGUUAUAGCUAUGGAACAGUGUUUACUUUAUUGUCAACAUUACAGCCGGCUCAGAAAGAACCAUAUUACGCCAUCUUCUUGAAAUUCCAGCCAAGGACGCGUUUAUUAAGCUGCUGCAGAGCAAUGAGAAAGAUGUUUUUUAGCCCCUUAAUGCCGAGCGCCAGGCAGAGUAACAACAAGGUCCAUCGUUUAUCGUGUUUGUGGUAUGACGCGGCCGGGGAUCGAACCCACGACCUUUUCUCUGUCCGGGCAGAGGCUCUAUCCACUAGACCACGGAGGUCUUGGGCAGGUGGGCGUGUUGGGCAGCUUGGCUCCUGAGAGUAAUGGGGCCUUGGUACUACCACACACUGACACAAAGGCAACUCAUGUUUUUGUUUGUUUGUUGUUUAACGCCGCGUUCAGCAAUAUUCCAGCUAU